UCCCAUCGGAACGUGUCCUGGUCGAAUUGUAUCGUGUUUUAAGGAAAUGCUACUGUGUGUUUAACUAAAAUAUCAUUUUGAAAUGAACGUUUUAAUGUCACGCAGUGGCGACUCCUCGUGGCUGUUGUGACAAUCACGCGACAACGUAGCUCUCCUCGUUUGGCAGGUGAAGCCCCUCUGCUCGCUCGCAGCCAUUGUGUAGCCAAGCGGUUAACGCAUUAGCUGCGAACGCUAGUUUCUUUAUGCGGGCGGAAAACGCACAAGGCGCAGACAUGCCGACUCUGAAGCUGAUCUCUGUGACUGACACGCAGUAUUCAGCCGCCUUGCUUCAGUCAAUGAACGAGCAGCGGAAUAGUGGAUUAUUUUGCGAUGUCACCAUUAUUGUGCAAGACAAGAAGUUCCGCGCUCACAAGACCAUGCUGUCGGCGUCAAGUACAUAUUUCCACCAGCUCUUUGUCGUCGCUGGGCAAGUCAUUGAACUCAACUUCAUCCGAGCGGAGAUCUUUGAGCACAUCCUCAAUUACAUUUACAGCUCCAAGAUCAUACGUAUUCGCUCGGACUUGCUGGAGGAGUUCAUGAGCGCCGGGCAGUCGCUCGGGGUGAAGUUUAUCGCAAACCUGGCGACCCCACUAUCUCAAGUCAAAGGUUUGCCUGGUUUGUCCAAGGAUGAAGAUCCCCAAAACCAAACAUCAGAGAUGAAUAUGCCAAUCAUCUCUGAGUCCUACUCCAUAUCUGCGGAGGAGUUUAAGCAGUCGAGCAACAUGACUGAUAAGGACAGGGACUCGGAUGAUGACGUCAUGUUCGUCUCUGAGACUGAUGCCAGAUCGCGAGCUGCCAGUCAGAAAGCUUCAGAUGAGGUCAUUUAUGUAGACACAGUGGACUCAGAUAAGGUUGAAAAGGCGCAAAGCGAAGAAUCCGCAAAUUCAGAAUUGAAAGAUGCACCCGCAGGAACGCAAGAUCUAAAGCUUCCCGACAGAAGCCCUCUGCCCAGUCCGGACAGCAGCUCCAAUAAUGUCAAUUCCCCAGCCAGAGUGUCUUCCAGAAGCACUCCCACCACACCGGCGAGGACCACUAGCUUCACCCCCGAGCUGCCCAGUGCCUCUCAAUCAUCUGGAAACAGCAACAUAAUGGAAAACACAGACAUAUUGGGAGUCCACAAAAAGCAAAUAUCCACUUCACCCCAGCAAGGAGAUUUCAAAAUUAGGCUGUUGGACAUCUCGGAAAGCCCCUCCAGUCAAAGAAAUCAAGUCAAACCCACGAUGGCAACAAAAAAGACGGUCACACUCAAUGCAGCCACAGAAAUUGAUUCAAUUUCCCCAGAUUGUAAAGUUUAUGCCAACAUUGGGGAGGACACUUACGACAUUGUACCAGUGAAGGAGGAUCCGGGAGAGGGCGGCUCCAAAACCAACAAAGGGAAGCGAUCCAUACCGGAAAUUCCUGAGAAUCUGAAGACCUCUCCAAACAAGAAAAAGUCUAAAUCAGACUCUGAGGACCACUACGAGCUGAUCAUGGAUGGCAAGACUUUCUACGUGUGCACCGUGUGUAAGCGUCCUUAUGUGUGUCGGACCAGCCUCCGCCGCCACUUCAACACACACUCAUGGGAAAGGAAGUACCCGUGCCACUACUGUGACAAAGUCUUCGCCCUGGCUGAGUACAGGACUAAACAUGAAAUCCAGCACACGGGGGAGAGGCGCUACCAGUGCCUGAUGUGCCACGGCACCUUCCUUAACUACCAGCUGCUCUCUAACCACUGCAAGCAAGUCCAUAAUGUGGACCCCAGCGGGAAGAAGGCAAAAGACAGGGAAGACAACAUUUACCGCCUGCUGCCCUGCAAGUCGAUGCAGAUGAAGCCAUACUCGUGGAGCCCGGAGGGGUCUGCGGUGCCGUUCUUCGGCGGGGACGGUGGCAUGCACCACAUGGCCCCUGGCCAGGAGGGUGUCCACCCACCCGCUCAGAGCCAUGUAUUGAACUGGGACGACAUUUUCGAGCCAGACGAGCAAAUGUUGAUGGGCCGACCCGUGGCGCCAAUUAAUGUUAGUCCCCCUGAGGGCAAGUCGGACUUCAAUUUUAACAUUCCAGAGACAUACUGAACCACGACGGACCGCGCAAUCACUCGUGCCUUUUUGGAGGCCCCCCCCUUGGACUUCCACUCCUCCUCUGUGGAUCUUUGUUUUUUCUACAGUAGUCUGGAUGAGUGAAUGUUCACACACAUGACUGCACCCCUUUUCAUUUUAAUCUGUGUCCACAACAACCCUGAUCACCUGAAUUUCUAACUAGACUGGCCAUUUCACAGUUAAUAACCAGACGUGAACUUACUUAGGUUCUCCUGACACUGUUGAUCUUUGUUGCCCGAGUAUUGACUUUUAGGCCUUGUUUCCUAGAACAGUGUUUCUCAACUCGUAGUAAGCAAAGGCACAUACUUUACAUUAGAAAAAUGCCUAAGCACACCACCGAACAAAAAUGUCAGUAAAACUAUAUACUGAGAAAAAUAACCUAAUCUCACUUUACUCAAAAGUAUACGUAGUGUGAAAUCUGGCCCUGUUUAGUUGAACACAAAGCUAAUAUUCUGUUGUAUAAAUGGGCAACAGGUGGCUAGAUGUUAUUUCUACCUUCUGCUACAGUGGGGCAAAAUAUUUAGUCAGCCACCAAUUGUGCAAUUUCUCCCACUUAAAAAGAUGAGAGUCCUGUAAUUUUCAUCUUAGGUACACCUCACCUAUGAGAGACAAAAUGAGAAAAAUCACAUUGAUUUUAAAUAAUUUAUUAGCAAAUGAUGAUGGAAAAUAAGUAUUUGGUCAAUAACAAAAGUUCAUCUCAAUACUUUGUUAUAUACCCUUUGUUGGCAAUGGUCAAGGUCAAACAUGUUCUGUAAGUCUUCACAAGGUUUUCACACACUGUUGCUGGUAUUUUCGCCCAUUCCUCCAUGCAGUGAUGUUUUGGGGCUGUCAGUGGGCAACUUUCAACUCCCUCCAAAGAGUUUCUAUGGUGUUGAGAUCUGGAGACUGGCUCGGCCACUCCAGGACCUGGAAAUGCUUCUUACGAAGCCACUCCUUUGUUGCCAGGUGGUGUGUUUGGGAUCAUUGUCAUGCUGAAAGACCAAGCCACGUUUCAUCUUCAAUGCCCUUGCUGAUGGAAGGAGGUUUUCACUCAAAAUCUCUGCCGGUCAUUCAGGAGGUCCCCCCCGUGUGGUUCUGGGAUUUUUGCUCAACGUUCUUGUGAUCAUUUUGACCCCACGGGGUGAGAUCUUGCGUGGAGCCCAACAUCGAGGGAGAUUAUCAGUUGUCUUGUACAGUGGGUACGGAAAGUAUUCAGACCCCCUUAAAGCUUUCACUCUUUAUUAUAUUGCAGCCAUUUGCUAAAAUCAUUUAAGUAAUUUUUUUUCGUCAUUAAUGUAAACACAGCACCCCAUAUUGACAGAAUUUUUUUCAGGCCACUCUGCCAUAAAGCCCGACUGGUGGAGGGCUGUCGUGAUGGUUGACUUUCUAGAAUGUUCUUCCAUCUCACGACGGCAUCUCUGGAGCUCAGCCACAGUGAUCAUCUUCUAUUUAAGGAUUAUGGAGGCCACUGUGCUCUUAUGAACCUUAGGUGCAGCAGAUUUUUUUUGUAACCUUGGCCAGAUCUGUGCCUUGCCACAAUUCUGUCUCAGAGCUCUUCAGGCAGUUCCUUUGACCUCAUAAUUCUCAUUUGCUCUGACAUGCACUGUGAAUUGUAAGGUCAUAUAUCGACAGGUGUGUAGCUUUCCUCAUCAAUUCCAAUCAGUAUAAUCAAACACAGCUGGACUCCAAUGAAGGUGUAGAACCAUCUUAAGGAUGAUCAGAAGAAAUGGACAGCACCAGAGUUAAAUAGGAGUAUCACAGCAAAGGGUCUGAAUACUUAUGGCUGUGUUAUUUUUAGUUUUUCUUUUUUUAAUAAAUCAAUGUCAACAAUUGUUUUUUUCUGUCAAUAUGGAGUAAUGUGUGUACAUUAAUGAGGGAAAAAAAUAAAAUUCUUUUAGCAAAUGGCUGCAAUAUAACAGAGUGAAAAAUUUAAGGGGGUCUGGAUACUUUCCAUAGCCACUGUAUAUCUUCCAUUUUCUAAUAAUUGCUCCCACAUUUGAUUUUUUUUUCACACCAAGCUGCUUACCCAUUGCAAAUUUGGUCUUCCCAGCCUGGUGCAGGUCUACAAUUUUGUUUCUGGUGUCCUUUGACAGCUCUUUGGUCUUGGCCAUAGUGGAGUUUGGAGUGGGACUGUUUGAGGUUGUGGACAGGUGUCUUUUAUACUGAUAACGAGUUCAAACAGGUGCCAUUAACACCGGUAACGAGUGGAGGACAGACGAGUAUCUUUAAGAAGUUACAGGUCUGUAAGAGCCAGAAAUCUUGCUUGUUUGUAGGUGACCAAAUACUUAUUUUCCACCAUAAUUUGCUAAUACAUUCUUUUAAAAUCAGACUGUGAAUUUUUGUCCUCAUUUUGUCUCUCAUAGGUGAGGUAUACCUAUGAUGAAAAUUACAGGCUCCUCUCAUCUUUUUAAGUGGGAGAACUUGCACAAUUGGUGGCUGACUAAAUAGUUUUUUGCCCCACUGUAUCUAGUGGACGGCGGCACGGUGGACG